CUUGACGACAGCAUCGUGACGCACGACCCAGACGCGUUCAUCGUCGUGUACAGCGUGACGGAGCCCAGCAGCGUUCAGUAUGCCGACCAAAUCCUGCAGACGCUGUGGAAGAUGUCUGCCGUCGCCAACAAGGCCGUCAUCCUGGUCGGUAGCAAGUCAGACCUGGUCCGCAGCCGCAUGAUCACGGCAGAGGCUGGCCGCAAGUUGGCCAACACGUACGACUGCAAGUUCAUCGAGGUGUCGGGCGGUCUGGACCACCGGGUGGACGAGCUGCUGGUCGGCGUGCUGUCGCAGAUCCGGCUGAAGCGUAGCUGCCGGCUCAGCCGGUCGCGCUCGCUGGGCCGGCGCAGCUGUCGGCUGCACCGUGGCGCGCGCCACACCUCCAGCGUCAAGGGCCUGCUGCACGUGAUGUGCGGGGCCGAGCCACGCUCCAAGUCCUGCGAGAACCUGCAAAUUCUCUGA